AGAUUGAGAUCAUCCGCACACGCACCACCACAAAUAAAACACACACACACAUACAUAUUCUCUCUCUCUCUCGAAAUUCCUUCUCAGAUCCGAUCAUUCAAUUGGAAUGGCAUCUACUUUCAGCGGUGAUGAAACGGCUCCCUUCUUCGGCUUCCUUGGCGCUGCUGCUGCCUUAGUCUUCUCCUGUAUGGGUGCAGCUUAUGGUACUGCUAAGAGUGGGGUUGGAGUGGCAUCUAUGGGUGUGAUGAGGCCAGAGUUAGUGAUGAAGUCUAUUGUGCCUGUGGUUAUGGCUGGAGUUUUGGGUAUUUAUGGAUUGAUUAUAGCUGUCAUUAUCAGCACUGGCAUUAACCCAAAAACCAAGUCCUAUUAUCUUUUUGAUGGUUAUGCUCACCUUUCUUCUGGUCUUGCUUGUGGUCUUGCUGGCCUUUCUGCUGGUAUGGCUAUUGGAAUCGUUGGCGAUGCUGGUGUUAGAGCUAACGCACAACAGCCCAAGCUUUUUGUUGGGAUGAUUCUGAUUCUUAUUUUUGCUGAAGCCCUGGCUCUUUAUGGCCUUAUUGUCGGCAUCAUUCUCUCUUCUCGUGCUGGCCAGUCCAGAGCAGAGUAGAAGACGAACAUGUUAUGCUCCGUAACUGUGAAUUAUCUUUUUGUUCUUCCACAUUGGAUGAGAUAGUCUGGCUGCUGAAUUAUGUUACUUUGUGUUUUGGGCUCCAAGAUUAUUUAGUUGAUCGUUUGGCUUGCAGAAUUGGUCCAAAUCUGUUGAUCUUCUGUAGAUUGGAUCUCCUUCAAUAAAGAUCUCCAUUUUUCAAGGACAACAAAGGAUUUAUGUAAAAUGCUUCCUGUGUUAUUUUAUGUCAACGUCUAACAUAAUAUUUAUAAUUCUUUAUCUAUGUAUCUCUUGAUUUUUCUCCC